AUGGUCUGGGCAAAUACUGAGCGAGUUGGAUGUGGAGAGCAUUUUUGUGAGAAAAUGGAAGGAUAUGAUGAACCGGGUGUGCACUUCCUGGUCUGUAACUAUGAACCACCAGGAAAUUUUCAUGGGAGGAAGCCAUAUGAAACAGGAGACCCAUGUUCUGGAUGUCAGAGUAACUACGUCUGCAAAGACUCACUGUGUGAAGAAAGUAAAAAUCUGGAAGACACAACCCAACCACAUAUCUCAACUGGAUCUAGUGGUAAGCCAAUUGAAGAUACUAGUUCAACCCUUGGUCUCCAACCAAUGGAGGAUGCCAGUCCAACCCUCAGUUCCCAACUAAUAGAGGAUGCCAGUCAAACCUUCAGUGUAAAACCAAUAGAGGAUGCCAGUCCAACCCUCAGUCUCCAACCAAUGGAAGACGUCAGUCCAACCCUCAGUCCCCAACCAAUGGAGGAUGCCAGUCCAACCCUCAGUCCCCAACUAAUAGAGGAUGCCAGUCAAACCUUCAGUGUAAAACCAAUAGAGGAUGCCAGUCCAACCCUAGGUCUCCAACCAAUGGAAGAUGGUAGUCCAACCAUUGGUCUCCAGUUAUUGGAAGAUUAUACUCAAAAACUCGCUCCCCAGAAAACUGAAGAUGUCAAGCUAGUCAUCGCUGCACAUACAAUAGAUAUUGAAAGCACUGCCAUUACUCAAAAGACAACAAAUGAAAUUAGUUCAUCACGGACAGUGGAAGCCUUUACUCAAACUAAUAAAAAAGCUAGCUUUCGCCUAACUAGUCCUCUAUUUUCUACUAUCAGUUACCCCACUUAUACAACACACCAAAUUUCUUCUUCUCUCCCAAAGAGUGAAAUAGAAACAGAAACAACCAAACUGAACAUCUUAACAGAAAAACAAUUAACUACUCUGGGACUAUCACUUUUGGAUCUUAAAACAAUAGAAAAAGGAGGGAAUGAGCUUGUUACACAAAUACAGCCACUGCCAUACUCCAAUGGGUUAUCUGACCAAUCUUCAGUAGAAAUUGGUAAGGACAAACAGGACAGUAAAAACACAGUGGAACUGGAGCCCAUCUUACUCAAUAUCAUAUCAAACCUACCCACCCUGAUACCUAGACCAGCAAGCUCCAUACACUCUGAGAAAACCAGCAAUAAACAACAAGGCAAGGAAGCAGUCUUGUUUGAUAGUAAGAAACAAGCAACAUCUGACCCUAAACCGAAAACCAAAAUUAAAGACAAACAAAAAAGUGACCAAUUAAUAAACUCUGAAAAAUCUGACAAAAAAGCCAAAGUUCAUCCACUUGUAUCAGAAACAUCCCUAAAACUGGCAUACCAGUCACACACUUCAGACCGAACCUUCUUUGGAAAACACAACUCUAGGCCACAGAUUCCUCAAGCGGCAAAGCCUUAUUGUCCAUACCCAUGUGCUCAUCGAUUCUCGGUGGUGGCUCCUCUCUAUCGUACUAAUGAAGUGUCAAAUAUUGGAUUACAGAAAGGAUAUAACUGGUGGCCAGUUUACAACGCUUUAAAGAAACCUAGAAUUAAGCAGCCCUGUAAAACAUACAAGAGUGGAGUUUAUGGCUUGUACCGGGCAGAUACUGUGCCAUUUGGCAAAGACAAUUUGACUACUAUGGGCAAAUGGAAAAACUUGCAAACCAGGUAAGUACAACAACACGGCAUCCUUUUCACCUACUAACGCUAAAUAAGAGUCUAAUGGUAAGUAUGUACAAAUGACACAGACUGUGAGGUUGGUGAUAAUCUUCUCCCACUAGUGAGAAAAUAGCAGCUUUUCCCAUUAGAAAUAAUUAUGCAUAUGAUUAAUAUU